UUCAACAACGCCUUUAAUUUAAAUUAAUAUCCAUUCUUCUUUUUCUUCUUCUUCUUUUCUUUCCCUACAUAAAUAUCUUUCCACCAUUUUUUUUCUGACUUCCACUUUCUUCAUCUGUUCUUCCACAGAAAUAUCCUUCUCCAUGGCUGCUCAACAACUAGAUGGCAUCACCUAUGAAGAGGAUUUUCUAUUUAACUCACGUGGGAUGAAUCUUUUCACGUGCAAAUGGCUUCCAAAGGAUAAGGAACCAAAGGCUUUGAUCUUCAUCUGCCAUGGCUAUGCAAUGGAAUGCAGCAUCACCAUGAAUAGCACAGCAAUUCGGCUUGCAAAGGCAGGUUUUGCUGUUUAUGGUAUUGAUUACGAAGGCCAUGGAAAAUCAGAUGGCUUGCAAGGCUAUAUUACAAGCUUUGAUUUUGUAGUGGAUGAUUGCUCCAAUUUCUUCACAGACAUUUCUGAAAGGAAAGAAAACAGGAACAAAAUGAGGUAUCUGUUAGGAGAGUCGAUGGGAGGAGCACUGGCUUUGUUAUUGCAUAGAAAAAAACCAGAUUAUUGGGAUGGUGCUGUCUUGGUUGCACCUAUGUGUAAGCUUGCAGAUGAUGUUAAACCAAGUCCACUAGUUAUAAACAUACUGACAAAGCUUUGCAAUUUUAUACCCACAUGGAAAAUUGUUCCAACCCAAGAUAUCAUUGAUGUAGCUUUCAAAGUUCCUGAGAUUAGAAAUCAGAUCAGAACUAAUCCUUACUGUUACAAAGGGAAACCUCGUUUGAACACUGGGCAUGAACUCCUGAGGAUCAGCUUAGAUCUCGAGCAAAGACUGGAUGAGGUUUCGUUACCGUUUAUAAUCCUCCAUGGAGAGGAAGAUCGAGUGACCGAAAUGUCGGCGAGUGAGCAACUUUAUGGGAAGGCGUCGAGCUGGGAUAAGAGCUUGAAGAGAUAUCCAGAGAUGUGGCAUGGAUUGUUGUAUGGAGAGACAGAUGAGAACAUUGAUGUUGUGUUUGGAGACAUAAUUGGUUGGUUGGAUGAAAGAUGUGCUUUGGGAAAUUCAAGGAUAGAAAAGCAGCUCAAGGCUGAAUGUGAUGAUCUCCAAAUCAAAUGAUUUCAGAGAUUUUUUGUUGUGUAUAUGUUGUUUCUCAUUGAGACCAAAGUUCUUUUCUUAUGUUUUAUUUGUAAAAGUUGUUUACAUAUAAGGUGAAAACAACAUGUAAAAGUAAAAUGUGUAAAAAAAAGUGAAUGUGUACUAUAGAUUAAAGGAAGCUCAUAGAAAUAGACUUUGUAUUUGAAGGAGUUGGUGUAACCUAUAUGAUUAAAAACCUCCAAUUUUAUGUCUUAUUUAUUACUUA